AUGUCUUGGGUUAAAGGCCUGCUAUCCACAAGGUUUCCUUCCUCCCUCUACCUCCUCUUUGCCCUGAUCGCCUCUUUCACCCUUCUCCACCAGUUUUCUAUACCUUUUUGGUACCAUCCACCCCAAAGGUCCUCAAUCCGCCAUAGUUUUUCCAGCCCUCAUCCUAUAAACUCGCUCAUAUGGAAUGCAGAAGAGGAGUGGAGACGGUUGCGGGAGAGCCAGACACACGAUGUCAGAUCUGCAGCAAGAGAGUAUAGGCGGCGUCGGGGUCGACACCCGCCUCCUGACUUCGAUAAGUGGUUUUACUUUGCAAAGGAAAACAAUGCAGUUAUUGUUGAGGACUUCUUCGACCGGAUAUAUGAUGACUUAGCUCCCUACUGGGCUUUUAACCCUUCCGAUCUGCGGCAGCAGGCUGCCAGUCUCGAGUACCGCGUGGUUGUCCGAGAUCAUAAAACAUCGACAAUCAGUCCCGGAGAGCAGUUUUGGGUUCCAAUAUGGACCAGGUUGAUCGAGUCCAUCCAGGAAUAUCUUCCGGAUGUCGUUGUGCCCCUCAAUGUGAUGGAUGAGCCCAGAAUCAUAGUGCCAUUCGAGAAAAUCCGAGAGUACGAAUCUAAAGGUCGUGCGACUCGAAAUAUGCCAAAACCUACCGACGUUGUACAAAAUUUCACGAAGCUCCCUGAGACGAAGACACCUGAUCCUCCCUACGACCCUGAGUAUGAGGGACCUGGUCAGGGCCCGUACUGGAAAAUGGUUAUCCGGGGAUGUCCAGAGGACAGUGCCGCACGCACCCAAACACUCUCUCCUAUCGACUUCGCCAAACCACUACCCCCACAAUAUCACAACUAUCUCAACUUUUCAUUCGAAGGGUAUGUCUCCAACUUCUCCCAUGCCAAAAACCUCUGCAACCGUCCCGAACUCCAAGUCCUUCACGGCAACUUCAUCGAACCCAUCUCAAUCUCCAACUCUCAGAAACUCUUCCCGCUCUUCGGAGGCUCUAAGCUCCCCGUCAACAACGAAAUCCUCCUACCAGCAGCCAUGUACUUCGCGGAGAAUACCAUCUGGUCCGGCGACGAAGAACAUGGCAGAGCCUGGGCCUUGAAAGCGAACAAGCUCGUCUGGCGCGGCUCAGCAACCGGCGGCCGCAACAAGGAGGAGACUUGGCGCGGCUUCCACCGCCACCGUUUUGUGGCCAUGGUAAAUGCCACUGCUGUCCGCCUGGCAGAAACCGGCCAGUCACCGUCUCCCAACUUCGCGCUGCCCAACUACAACAUAUACCACCUCGCCCAGACAGGACGGGACGGGCAUAUAGCCGACCUGCUCGAAAAACACUCUGACGCAGGCUUCACAGACCUAGUCUGUUUCCCGGACCAAAAAGUCCGGACAUGCCCAUACACUUCGCCUUUCUUCGCCAUCAGCAAGUCCAUCUCCAUGCCAGAUCAGUACAAGAUGAAAUACCUCGCAGACAUCGACGGCAACUCCUUCAGUGGACGGUACCGCGGCUUCCUACUCUCCUCAUCCCUCCCAUUCAAGUCAACGCUGUACAACGAAUGGCAUGAUUCACGGUUGGUGCCCUGGGCGCAUUUCGUGCCCAUGGAUUCAACCUAUGCGGACAUCUAUGGCCUUCUGGAGUUCUUUUUGGGUCAUGAUGGUGGGCCGGGAAGGGAUGAGGUGGCGAGGGAUAUUGCGUUGGAUGGCAAGGCGUGGGCUGAGAAGGUCCUUAGGAGGGAGGAUAUGAAGAUUUAUACAUACCGGCUGCUGUUGGAGUAUGCGCGUGUGUGCGACGACGCGAGAGAGAAGAUAGGGUAUGUUGGAGAUCUAUUGACAAAGUCGAGGGUGACUAUUUUAUGA